UGGACGUUCCCUCCUGGUAUUAAGGACAUGAAAGGAAGCGAUACUGUCUGACUUCUGCAACCUGCUCCAAAAACAGGACCAAGUAUAUGAAAAAUUAUUAAAUAACCAACCGCCAUAUAAAAGGGGACAGAAUAACAGGAAAAGGAAGGUCGAUCUUUACUUUUCGGGGUUGUUGUUGCACUGCCUGGACAGCUGCUUUGGACAAGCGGUGUGUGCUAUCCGUUAAACUGAACUCUGGACUUGAAACAUGACUCGAACAUGUCCAUUCCUUGUCGGGAUCGCCUGCCUUGCGAUUCUUGGUUGUGUGACUGUAGUCCAGUCUCAGGUCACUCUGAAAGUGACCGAGGGAAACUCCACCUGUAUAAAAGCCGAACUCUCCGCCUCUUUCUUCAUCACCUAUGACACAGCCAACGGCACGCGUACGGUGAUGGUGCCCCUCCCAGGUUCGGCGGUGGUGGGUGUGGCCAGCUCGUGUGGGGGUGACGGCCGCUCCCCCUCGCUCGUGGCGUUGUUCGGGGAUGGCCACGCCCUGGGCCUCAGCUUCUCAUCCAAUGUCAGUCUGUACAGCAUCGCUAACCUUACCCUGCAGUACAACCUCAGUGAUGUCUCUACCUUCCCAGAGGCCAACAGCACUGAUGUGGUAACUGAGGAGACGACCUCUGUAGGGAUGGUUGCUAGGGUCAACACCACCUACAGAUGUAUCAGCGCCUCACCUGUCAUUGUGGGAGGAGCCACCGUCACCUUCUCAAACGUCACGAUGGAGGCCUACAUGACAGGAGACGAUCUGAGCCCCAACGAGAGUGUGUGUACUGCUGACCAGAGCUUCACCACAGCCCCGCCUCCAUCCCCCUCCACCACCACAGCAGCCCCCGCCCCCGUCCCCACCCCUCCUGGAACCCCUAACCAGGGCAGCUACUCUGUCUCCAAUAGCAACGGGACCGUCUGUCUGCUGGCCCGCAUGGCACUGCAGCUCAACAUCUCCCACUUCUCUGCCUCACAGAAUAAGACUAUCCAGGAAGUAGUAAACCUGCAGCCCAAUCAGACGACCAGCUCAGGAUCAUGUGACCCCACCAGCGCCACCCUGGUGCUGACACAGGGCAGUGCCACCAACCUCAGCUUCCUGUUUACUCUGAACACCACGUCUAACAGGUACCACCUGACUGGUCUGUCUGUGGUAGCAGCUUGGCCUGAUAUGACAGCCCCGUUCAACACCAGUAACAGUAGUCUGGAUUACCUGCGUGGCUCCCUGGGGCGUAGCUACAUGUGUAGUUCAGAACAGACUCUGGCUGUAGACCAGAACUUCUCCCUCAACACCUUCCACCUGCAGGUCCAGCCCUUCGGCAUCACCAGAGGACAGUUUGCACAAGCGGAGGAGUGUCAGUUGGAUCAGGACAGCAUGUUGAUUCCCAUCGUUGUGGGAGCCGCUCUGGCCGGCCUGGUUCUCAUCGUUCUCAUCGCUUACCUCAUCGGCAGGAAGAGGAGCCAUGCUGGAUACCAGACCAUCUGAGAACACUGACACACAACCUUAUGUGUAUCAAUCAGCACCCUAUUCCCUAUAGUGCACUACUUUUCACCAGAGGUCUAUGUGGAUUCUGGUCAAACUUAGUGCACAAUGUAGGGAGUCUUUUCAGGCAGACUGCAGAGAGCCGGACGCUCAACCAACCACUGCUACUAAUGACUGACUGGACCAUGUACAAACCAGGCCCUCUCUGCAGUGUGUCUGUCUGUCUGUCUGUGUAUGUGUCUGUCUGUGUGUGUAUUGUUAUUCACAGCAACUCAUCCUCUGCUACCUACUAACAGACUAGUGCCUGGUCAAACCUACCUUCCCCCUCUGUCUCUAGCCCAUCUCUACUAACAGACUAGUGGCUGGUCAACCUACCUUCCCCCUCUGUCUGUCUCUAGCCCAUCUCUACUAACAGACUAGUGGCUGGUCAACCUACCUUCCCCCUCUGUCUGUCUCUAGCCCAUCUCUACUAACAGACUAGUGGCUGGUCAACCUACCUUCCCCCUCGUCUCUCUGUCUCUAGCCCAUCUCUACUAACAGACUAGUGGCUGGUCAACCUACCUUCCCCCUCGUCUCUCUGUCUCUAGCCCAUCUCUACUAACAGACUAGUGGCUGGUCAACCUACCUUCCCCCUCGUCUCUCUGUCUCUAGCCCAUCUCUACUAACAGACUAGUGGCUGGUCAACCUACCUUCCCCCUCGUCUCUCUGUCUCUAGCCCAUCUCUACUAACAGACUAGUGGCUGGUCAACCUACCUUCCCCCUCUGUCUCUAGCCCAUCUCUACUGCAGCUGGCUCAGUAUACCCUUUUAGUUCUGAUAUCAUGUUUGACUUGGGUGGAUUCUCGCUUUAAACGGAAUUUAAAGAAUUUAUUUUUUCUUCAAUUGCAGUUUUUUGAGUAAAUGAAAUUAAUCCGAUAUUAAAUGAUAUAGUAUUCAACUCUUAUGGAAGAGUGGGUCUAUCCUAGAAGCACGUUUUGUGAUGGACUCAACAAGCUUCCCUUCCUUCCUCAUCUCCUUUCCUUCAGGACCGCCAUCUUUUCUACGACAUCACCUAGGGAGGUCUGAAGACUCCUGUGAGGGAACACAAAGGGAAACUUGAAUGUCUAACACCUCCUCCUCUCUGGUCAGGAAUACUGACCGGAUUAUGUUGUAGGUCACAGGAACAUUUGAAAGGCCUUGUGGGGGGUGGGGGAAUUAUGUGUUUUGUGGUUUUACUGCGUUUCAUAACAAAAGGUUGUGGACGCUGUCGGACUGAGGAACAGAACAAGGUUAAGGUUGUUUCAUGAUGGAUGUGUUGACCUGGUGUGUAAUAUCGUUUAGCUCCUCCCCUCUCCUCCCCUGAGAUUGUGUUGACCUGGUGUGUAAUAUCGUUUAGCUCCUCCCCUCUCCUCCCAUGAGAUUGUGUUGACCUGGUGUGUAAUAUAGUUUAGCUCCUCCCCUCUCCUCCCCUGAGAUUGUGUUGACCUGGUGUGUAAUAUAGUUUAGCUCCUCCCCUCUCCUCCCAUGAGAUUUGUGUUCAUCCAUUGUAGCGAGUUGAUCUUUUUAUUUUUGUAGAGAAUGUUUUGAUGAUUUUUCUAUUAUGCGUCUUGCUAAGGUCAAUAAAAGACAUCUGAAACACCUUU